AUGGAAGAAGAGUACAUGGAUGAAGAGCAGAUUCUCCAGGCCAUGGCCGAGAAUGGGGAUGAGGACGCACAAGUCAUUCAGGACUUUGAGGAACAGCUGGUGGAGGUCUGUCAAGAAUCCCCUGACCUUAGUCUUUGUUUCUCAGCCUACUCAGAGGCACGUGGCCGUUUGAGGGACAAAUUAAAGUCAAGAGGCUUCUGGCCUGCGAAGGGUCGUGGCAAGACCUUCAAGAAGGGCUUUGGUGGCAAGUCUGGAGGCAAACGCCGACAGUCGUUGGCCGAUCGCAUAGCUUCAUCGCACUGCAGGCUGUGCGGGCAGAAGGGACACUGGAAAUGGGAAUGCCCCAAGAAGUCAAGCUCCUCCAAUCCGACCAAUGCGGAGGUGAAUGUGGCCUUCGAAGUCCAGAGUGGAAGCUGCGCUGAGGAGAUCGUGAUGGAUCCUCCCGACACCAACGUGCAGCUCUCCUUGAACGAACUGAUCUAUGGCAACAAGGACCGAAAUCUGGGCCAUUGGAGACUCCCACCAUUUGAGCAUUUGGAAAUCCAAAAUGGGUAUCCAACAGUUAAUGAAGAAUUCAUUUUUAUGACGGAAUCUUAUCACAAGGUUUCUGGUCGUCUUGACGUUGCCCAAUCCCUGGAUACUUCAAUUUUGAGUAACCGCCUACGGAGGGUUCUUGGUGUCAGCAGGACUGAAAACAGCGAAACAAUUUUGAGUGCCGAGGUAGGUUGCCCAGGAAUAAUUGACACUGGAGCAAGCAAGUCAGUGAUUGGACAACGCAAGGUGAAAAAGUUGAUUACCAGUCUUCCGGCAAACGUGCAGAGUCGGGUUCAAUGGGGAAAGUCGGAUACGGUUUUUCGGUUUGGAAACAAUGCAACUUUGUCAAGUGUUGGUGCGUUGUACAUUCCUUUUGGUGGUUGUUGGAUGCGUUUGGAAGUGGUUUCAGGAGAUACUCCCUUUUUGUUGUCAAAUGCUUUCCUCAAAGCAACAUCAGCCGACGUCUCCUCACGAAACAGUGAAUUGGUUUUUCAUCAGCAAGGCUGCAAGGUUCCAUUGCAAGUAAACGCCAAAGGUCUUUUCACAGUGGAACUGUCGGAAGUUUUGAAAGUGUUUGCAAAAUCUGACGGAAAACGUCAGGUCGCGGGCAGCUGUGAAGUCGUGACAUAUCAGCUGAAGUGGCUCACCAUCGAGCUCAACAAUUCGCUCAAGAUCGCUCUCGAAACGUUCACCAUGGCGUACUCCAAGGGCAUCCAUUCCCAGACGGGGGCAUCAUCGACGUCGCGCCUGGACAAAGAGCUUCAGAUACCGGAGGAUGGAAAUCUGAACUAUGCCAACCCUCUUCGUCCUCAGAUGCGCCGACCUCAAGGGAUCUCCACUCUGAGUCAAUGCGGAGAGCAAAUGUUCCCGGAAGGAAAGUAUGCCGGAGAGACUUUUCGGAAGGUCUACGACAAGGAUGUGAAGUACAGGAUGUACAUGAUGAAUCACUCUCACUUGACGUCAGCCUGGGCCCUGAGUUACCAGAACUACACCAGAGCGAUGCAAAUGGGAGAAAGCCAGGACCCAGUGAUGCCCUUGCCGAAGACAAAGGCCAAGGCGUCACCGCCUAUGGACAUGAGUGUACCGCCAUGGCAUCACGAAGUGUCAGGUGUGGGAUGGGAGCUCAUGGAUCCCGAGUUCGAUUUGCCAGCAACCACGAAGAGAGCUCUGAGUCCAGAGGGCAAGGGGAACGAAAUGAUGGUGUCUCGAGAUGUCGAUCGAGAGACGCAGCUGAUGACCAAGAUUGCGAUCCUUCAGCGCGAACUCGAGAUGAUCAAGAAGUCGAACGAGUCCUGUGACAGUGUGUCCACUUCUUCCCAAAACGUUGUGGCAGAAUGCCAGAAGAAGUUAGAUCAGUUGUCCAUUGAGAUUGAAGAUAACCUGGAUGCGAUGCUGGCACUGGCGUGGGAAGUCAAUCCAUUGCGCAGAAAGUCAAUGUCCAAAACAUGCAAGCUGGACUUUCUUGAAGUUUACUGCGGGGAAAAUUCCAACCUUACCAGUGUGGCUUCUAAGAUGGGUUUAAGAGCACGAAGGUUCACCUUAAAGGACGGAGACUUGUCUACAGUCCAAGGCCAAGAAGCGCUUUGGAAAAUUUUGCUGGAAGAAUGCCCUCGUGAUGUCUGGAUGUCACCGGAGUGCAAGCUCUGGGGAAACUUCAGUCGCUUGAACAUGUGUCGGAGCAUUGCAGCUCGAGAUCGAAUACUACAUGGUCGCAAAGCAGAACAGACACAUCUUAAACUCUGUGAUGAGGUCUAUGAGUAUCAAGUAGUUCAUGGUAGGCAUUUCCACAUGGAGCAACCACAGGGUUCAGAGGUGUUUGAUCAGAAGAUAAUGGAAGAGAUUGUUCGGGGUACUUUGCGGGCAGAGUUUGACAUGUGUGAAGUAGGAAGACUCAAGGUACCAAAAGGGAACAAUUUUCUUCGAAAACGGAGUGCAGCGCACACGACUUCACGAGAGCUCCAUGAAAUCUUGGACUCGAGAUACUGCAAGCAGCGACACAAUCACCAACCAAUUGAGGGCAAAGUCAAAUAUCUUGGGAGAUGGGUCAAUUUGUCAGAGUAUGCUGCAAGGUAUUCAAACGGUUUUGCAAAGAACGUUUGUUGGUAUUUGUUGAGGAGUCGUGUUUCUGGGGAACUUCCUUUAGAGUUGUCUGAGUUGUGUUUGGAACCAUCGGUAUCCCAAGAGCAAUUGGCUUUUGCCGGCGAGAUCAAAGCGCGGCGAUGCAGAUUGAAGCGAGUGACCACGACAGAGGUGGAAGGAAGUGGUGAUCUAACCCGAAAGGCCCCCCGAAAGAAGUUCUUGGAGGAUGUUUUUCGUAGGAUACAGUUGAGGGCCCCUAGAGCUGGUACUGUGAUUUUGGGUAAUGGGGAAAUUUUGUUUGGGGAUGCCCAAAAGCUUUGUUCCACCUUUGAAGUGACAGCGGCUGAGAUUUGUCGGGGAACAGAUCGAUUCCGUGUUCCAAAAGGAUCAUAUGAUGAUCAUGAAGUUCCGUUGCGUCACACGUUCAUCAUGCAUCGAAACACCGGGGAAGUGGAAGAAAUUGGUGAACCUGAAGAAUGGUUGAAGUUGCCAAAAACUAAGAGGAACUUGAGAUCCAGACCAGCAAAGCUUUGUUUGACUGUUUUUGGAAAGAAAAAGGGUUCAUCAAGUUCCACUCAAGCAACAGGUGCAGAAUCAUCAGCACAGGAACCAGAAAAGAGAGAUGAUGAUGAUCAGCCGGUUAGUCUCAAACGUCCCGGUGUGAACCUGGAACCUGACAGUGAAAAACGACACUGUCCCGAAGGAGGUGAGGUCUCGACUGAAGCCAAAACUGAAAAGUCCAAGGGGUUAGAUUCAGGGGAUAUUGGGGAUCAGUAUAAGGAUAAUGCAGACUUCAGUCGAGCUCUUCGACAAGUCUUCAAUGCUAAGAACACCAUGUCAAGAAUCAAGGGUUAUACACCCGAACAGGCUGUUCUUGGUUUUGCUCGACGGUUGCCUGCAUCGAUCAUUUCCGGCGAAAAUGCCUCUAGCCACGUUUUGGCCACGGCUGAGGGACAUGAAAGUGACAAAUUUCGGAAAACCCUCGAUCUCCGAUGUUCAGCCAGAAAAGCCUUUGUAGAAGCUGACAACAGCAGUUCCUUACGUAGGGCUUUGCUGCGAAGAAGUCGCCCCUUGAGAGAUCCUUAUGAAGUAGGGGAUUGGGUCUUGUAUUGGAGAAAGGUUGGGGGUAACAUGAGGAGAGAGAGAGGAAAGUGGCAUGGACCUGCUAGAGUAGCUGUUGUCGAAAGUUCCAAAGUAAUCUGGCUUACACAUGCAAAUCGUUUGAUCAGGGCAAGUCCAGAACAAUUGCGGGCGGCGUCUUUCAGGGAAUGGAAGGCUGUGCAAAGCACAGAAGAAGCCAGGCACCCUACAGUCGAUUGGUUGAAGAGGUCCCAACAUGAUGAUUUCUUUGAUCUAGGUGAUGAGUUGCCUGGUGUGGAUGAAGUCUUGGGGGAUGAGGGAAUGCCUGAAACCAACAGUCUUCCGGAACCUGAACAAAUUCCGAGCUCUGCGUCCGAGUCUGGCCCUGCAAUUUCAGAAGAAGAAGGGGACCCACAAGAAGUUCCCAAAUCAGUUGUUGAUGUGGAACCAGAUCCCUUAACGGCUCCAAUACCCGAAGCUGUACCCGGUGAACUAUCCGAGGAGGAUGCCAUGUUUGGGGAUGUUUUUGAGGGGGAUUUUGGAGGGGAAGACAAAUGUUGGGAGAUAGAUAUUACCCCUGAAAGGGAUUUGGAAAAGUUUUGGGAUUCGGAAGAACCACCACAAUCAAAUGAAGAAAUUGCUUUCAUAGCUUCAGAAAUGAGAAAGAAGCGCGUCGAAGUCAAGCUCAAAGAGCUUGGAGAGCACGAACAACGUUUGUUUGCGGCGGCAAAGCACAAGGAGAUUGGAGCUCUACAGUAUGCAGCGGUCCACACGAGACCAGACAUUUCAGCGAAAGUUGGUGAGUUGCAAUCAUCAGUCGUCAAGGCCACAGUCAAUGAACUGCUGUUAGCCAACAAGGAGAUGAAGUAUGGCUAUCAAUGGGUGCAAUCCGCAAGGGCUUGGAAUAUCUUGGGAUUACAGGUCGGCGAGUUGUCACAUUUGGAGAGUUUCAUUCGCCAGAAGGUCCUCGUUGAAAUUUUCUGCGAUGAUCCUUGGGACUUUGCUGCAGAGGUGAUGAGAAGUUCCUGGUGA